UCCCCAUGUAUCAUUAGACUCAUAUUCAAUCUAUCUAUACACUUUCUAUACUUAUCUUACGUUAUAAUAUCGUCUACUGUAAUACCACCAUGCCAGACAUCAAAAAGGUAUACACCUCCUCUCCCUACAUCUAUAUAUCUAACAAGAUAGGUCAUUAUCAUCGGUGCCGGCCCUGCUGGCCUUAUCGCUGCUCUUCGUCUCCACCAAGCCAACCACAUCUCCAACAUCGCCAUCUACGAAAUCCGCAGUGCUCCUUCGACCAUCGGCGGUGCGGUUGGCAUCCCGGCAAACGGGCUUCGUCUCCUCAACCGCUUGGGUAUACUAGAGACCAUCCGUGCCAGAGCAGGCGCCACUCCUUCUAUCGUCCUCCAUUCCAGCCACGGCGAUGAACUCGGUCGUUACUGCAUCACCCCUCCGGAUGAACCCUCCCUCGAGUACAUCCGAAUCAAGCGCGCUGAGCUCAUGGACGUGCUAUACAAAGCCAUCGAGCCACGCCACAUCCCCAUCUACUUUUCCAAGAAACUCGUGCACAUCGAAGAACACUCCUCCAGCAUCACCGUUACCUUCUCCGACGGCACCACCGACACUGCCGACCUCCUCCUCGGCUGCGAUGGCAUCCAUUCCGCCGUGCGAACCACCUAUGUCGACCCAGACACCCACCCCGAAUACAGCGGCAACGCAGGCAUGUUCUGUGUCCUCCCAACUUCCUCCCUCUCCACCGACAACCAAUUCCUUCUCAAGGGAAUGCACAGCACCCUCACCACAGACGGCAUGUUCGCCUGUCUCCCCUGCAAGCCCGACGAAAGCGAACUCUUCUGGUUCUUUAACCGCCAUGUCGCCCUCCCCGACGCAGCCGCCAUCGACUCCCGCGACGGCUGGGUCGAGAAACGCCAGCACGAACUCUCCAACUCCAAAUCAACCAUAUUAUCCCUCAUCUCCGACGCAAAGGGACCGUGGGGCUCGUUCCUGCGAGAUAUCAUAACCGCCACACCCUCAUUAAACUUCUACCCCGUCUACCUCCUUCCACUAGGAAGAACCUGGCGCAAAGGGUCACGGUGCGUGUUACUCGGUGACGCGGCGCACGCUAUGCCCCCUCAUGCGUCGCAGGGCGUCUCCAUGGCGCUGGAGGAUGUCUUCGCUUUAUCCCGCGCGUUAACGCUCGACGUCGACCUGGGCGAAUGCUGGGAUCGAUACGAUCGGGUUCGUCGACCGCGUGUCGAGAGCAUUUAUCAGUGGACCAUGGCGAAUGCGUCGCAUGUCGGAAAGACAGGGUCGUGGGGAUUAUGGAUGAAGGAGAUGGUGGUCAAGUGGGGGUUGGUGUUUUCGAAUUGGUUUGGGAUGUCGACGGAUGAGAGAUUGUCGUAUGAUGUUGACAAGGCUGUGCUUUAGAAUACACAGCGAAGCAGGAGAGCUCUAUAUAGCAUAUUUGGGGCCCGUUAAAUAUACGGUUCUGUAGUGUAAUGGUCAUCACAGUGGAUUCUGAUUCCACUAAUCCCGGUUCGAUCCCGGGCAGGACCUUUUCUUUU